CGCAGUAGACAGAGUGAAAAUCUGAAUCAUCGGUGGAAACAGAGAUGGAGAGAGAGAGGGGGGUUGACUGUAGAGUGAUGGGACCCGGCUGAGGGAACAGCAGCGAGCGAUCACUCUCCGAGCUGGUAAUGACAGCAGGUAGACAGAUGUGAAGGAUGACUACUUGCUCAGAGAUCUGUGGAUCAGAGUAUGGUGAGCAAGCCCAAGCCAGCGGGAACUGCCAGCAGUAUGGAGUCCGAUCCUACCUGCAUCAGUUUUAUGAGGAAUGCACAGCUUCUAUCUGGGAACGUGACGAAGAUUUUCAGAUUCAGAGAUCGCCGAGCAGGUGGAGCUCUUUACUCUGGAAGGUCUGUCUCGCGUUCGGAACAUUGAUCUUGUUUGCAGGACUUGUUGUUGUCUUGGUGGGUUAUGCCACUCCAGCUAGGAUCGAGGCGUUUGGCGAGGAUGAUCUCCUUUUCGUUGACAGCCAUGCAGUUAGUUUCAACCAAGCGCUGGAUGUUUGUAAGCUGACCGGGGCUGUGCUGUUCUGUGUGGGAGGCACCUCCAUGGCCGUGGGUCUUCUGUUGUCUGCCUUUGCCAAAAGCUACUCCAAAGAGGAACUAUAUCUGCAGCAGAAGUUUAAGGAGAGGCUCGCAGAUCUGCAGGCAACAGUUGGUACCCCUAUCAUGAGAGCACCGACACCAGGGGAAGGGAAAGUACCAGUCACACUCUCUAAAGUCCAGAACAUCCAACCAUCGACCCCAAAAUCAGAAACCUGACAGCAACUCACUUGAAUGUGGGUGAAGUCAAGUGUGUAUGAGGACUGAUCGGUGUGCAGACUGUGUCCGUGACUAUGCGUAUAUAUUUUCUCUUUGAAGGUCAGCUUACAUGACUGGUAGUAUUGGUUUCAUAUCUUUACUUUCUGCUUUUGAUAUCUAAGUUUAAUUAUUUAUUUUUUUGGGGAUGAUUUAAAUGCAGAAUAAAUCUACUUUUAAUGACAUUAAAAUAAAAAAUCACCAUCAUCUGAUAUAGCGCUUAUAUUUGAGUGCUAACAAGAAAACAAACCACAAAAAACAGCCGCCGAACAACAUCACUGUAGUUUCAUGGUGUAAAAAACAAAAACGAUUUAGAUUUUGUAAAAUAAAUCCUUAAAUGAAACAUAAAAAGGAUAGUGUUAUUGCUAGAGGACGUAGAGUAGAAGAUGUUGUUGUUUUGUGAUUUUCACCUAUCUCUCAGAUGACCAAAAGAGCCACUGAACGCAACAUCCACGAUCUCUGCUUUGUCCCGAAAAAGUCCACCAGAGGAUGAGUGUUUGUACUGUACGUGUGGAAUACUAUACUGUGUGUAGACGUAUAUGCAGCGCAGUUGUUCGUCACAGCGCAAAGUGAGAACUGUCGAUAACAAAUGCACCAUCGCUUCAGCUUAAAAACAAACUGUUAAACUGCAACAAUAAGCCAAGACAAGUCUCACCAGAUACACUUCAUGCAUUGUCAGAACAAAUUUAAUCAACGCCGAUUGGAACAGGCCUUAAGGGUAGAUUUCACACUGACAUUUUGUUCUGUCUCAUUCAUCCUGUGACCUUGUCUCCUUGAGUAAUUCUUCAGACAGGAUCAAUAGAAUAGACCAGAUACAUCGAUGAAAAGAACAUUCAACCGGACAGAACAAGCAAAGUAAAGAAGGAGGGGAAGAAAAACAGAAAAAGGACAUUGAUUUAGAUCAGAUAUGUUACUUUCUAGAUGAGACAAAAAUGUGGCACUUCUUCAUGCCUUCCACCUGCUGUUCCAGUGUAAUUAUUACUUAAUAGCACUAAUUGUUUCAACAGAUAUAAAUUUAAAAAAAAAAAAAA